GUUAACCGGUGUUAACUCGUCACCCUCCGGUUCAUGUGAACGGGGUGUGACUUUGAUCCUAUAAAUUCUACUUAUUCUCUCUAGUUCUCUGUCUCCCUGUACCUCAAAGUAAUCUUUGACAUCAGUCCUUUGCUUAAAAAAAAAGUAAGUUAAUUUUUAACCUCCUACACUAUUUAAGGAUUGCAUGUUUAGAUGUGAACAUAAUGCAUUGGAUAUAUCUGCACAUCUUUUUUUUUUUUUUCUUUUUUUUAAACACAACUUUUAUUUAUAUCAUUGAUAGAAGUUAUAUUGAUGCAAGUAUGAUUCUUUAUGUUCAUCAAGUUUGUUUUGGAUAAGCACAAUUUAUGUGAAUACAACUAAUUUACAUAUUUGGAAUGUUUGCUAAAUUACUUAUGCAUCUUCAGCGUUAUGAGAUCUCCAAGAACCCCCACCCCCAAAAGCAGUACUAUUAUAUGGAAUGAGGCUGAGAUUAGAGCAUUCAUCAACCAUAUGGUUGAGAAUGUCCAGAAAUGUCAAAAGACCAAUUCCACCUUCACAAAGGUGAGAUGGGAUAAUAUUACGAAAGGAUUAAAACAGGAAUUCAGUCGCCCGUUUGUGAGGGAGCAGCAGGGUAACAAAAUGAACAAGUUACGAAGGUAGUACAACAGCUUCAGGCAUUUGCUAGAAACGAUGGGAUUUGUUUGGGAUGCAAAUGCAAGGACUGCUACAGCGGAAGACUCUGAAAACAAAGAGUGGGCGAAAUACAGGAGAGAUGGUCUACCAUGGUGGCCAGAGUUGUUAGAGAUAUUCUCUGACUCCAGUGUCCGUGGGGAUAGAGGGUUAUCACAGACUACAGCAGUUACUCCUAGGUCCACUAAUGUUGUUGUUGAUGAUGAUGAAUUUCAGGACACUAAACCAGAUGUAAGUGAAGGUUGUAGUGGCAAAUCCAACAAUUCAGCUCCUCCUAAGCGGCACAUUGACAGGACUCCUACGGAUCGUAGGAGGAAGAGUCAGACAAGCACAGUCGCGAACUCUGCACAAGACUUCAGGGAGUUUAUGAGAUGGAGGAUAGAGAAGGAAAACUUCUCUGCCACUUCAAUCGUUGUCCGACCUCCAGAUCCAAUGUAUGACAGGACAUAUAAUAUUAUGAGUUGUCAGAAGCUCCUUGACACUUUAGAAGAGCUUCCAUCAGAUUUGUGUGUUGGCUCAGUGUAAGAUACCUAGUGAUGCUGGUUGGCGCUUGUCAUUCGUGGAAGUUAGGCCUGACAGGAGGUUGUGGAUGAUCCAGCACUUGAAGGAUAUCUCAUGAGCUGCUUGAGUUGGUUUUAUUUCAUAGUCUUUUCAGAAAUUGAGCUGGUUGGGUUGGUGAUUGUAUGGAUUUUUCAGAACUGAUUUGAGCUGGUUGAGUUGGUUUUAUUUCUGGGAUUGUUAUAUUCCUCUUUCAUACUGACAUACGUUUGUUAUGUUUGACUUGGA